AGUUCCCUCCACGAGCCCGCAGUCACACAACACGGAGGGAGUUCCUCCGACUCGGACCGUACCACCGCCCGCUCCGUCGACACAGACACUGAACCAGCAGCUUGUUUUAAUACUUUAACAGCUGAAGCGACAGGUUUACUUUAAAUCUGUGUGUGUGUGUGUGUGUGUGGCGGAUAAGUUUUAGUUUUUAUUCGCUGGGAGAGAUUUUUUUUCGUUUUUCCACCAGCAGAGAUGCCUGAGGACGUUGGGACAGCUAAGCCUGGAGGAGUCAUUGCCUACAUCUCCUCCGGCUCCGCCUCCAGCCCAGAGUCCUGCAUGAGCACCAGCAGCAGCAGCAGCGGCUACCUGUCGACAUCGCCGACUCUGUCCCGCCCCUCGCUGCCCAGCAGGGCCGUGGGCAUGGUGGUGGACAUCUCUCCGCCGACCAAGAGCGGUCACCAGCGUAGCCACGGCGUGGAGAAGGCCGGCCGCUCCUCCACGUCCGCCAAGAGCAGCAUCACGAAGAUCAACGGCAUGGUGCUGUUAUGCAAGGUGUGCGGCGAUGUUGCCUCGGGCUUCCACUAUGGCGUCCAUGCUUGCGAGGGCUGCAAGGGCUUCUUCAGGAGGAGCAUCCAGCAGAACAUCCAGUACAAGAAGUGUCUUAAGAUGGAGAACUGCACCAUCAUGAGGAUCAACAGGAACCGCUGCCAGCAGUGUCGCUUCAAGAAGUGUCUGGCUGUCGGCAUGUCCCGAGACGCUGUCCGAUUUGGCCGCAUCCCAAAGCGGGAAAAGCAGAGGAUGCUGCUGGAGAUGCAGAACGCCAUGAACAACAUGAUGAGCAACAACAGCCAGCUGCACGGCAUGCUGCACGGCCACCAGAGCCCCUCGCUGCCCAUGGAGGCCAUGACCAGCGAUUCCAGCUCCUCGCCCUCCUCUUCCUCCUCCUCUGCUUCCGAUUCCCCGUCGUGCUCCAACCCCUCCUCCCCUCAGUGCCCUCAGGACUCAGAGUCCGUGGUUUCCAUGGACACCAACUCCAGCUCCGCCUCCUCCUGCGGGUCAGACAGCGGCGAGGACGAGGGCGUCGUCACGACAGGCAGGCAGCAUCAAGAUGCCUUCGCGUUUAGCCAACAGAGGUCGCAGAGACAGGGUCAGGCGCCCUCGCCGGUCAUGGCGGCCCCGGAGACGGGCUGCGACAGCCGCAUGGAGCAGCAACAGGAGAGCUGGAACUGCUGGAACAACAGUGGGGUCGUGGGAGGUUACCAGCACGGCGCUUACAGCCAACACGUCACCAACACUGCUUACAGAGAGGAGAGGGCGGUCUACCAGCAGCAGCAGCUCAGCAGCGCCCCUAGCUGUGAACCGUCGGACGACAGCCAAACACAGCAUGACUUCAACACACAAACUGCCUCAAGUGGUUAUAAUGGACCAACCAGCUGUGUGAAUAAUAGAGCACAUCUGGUCUGUCCAAUGAACACGUCACCGUACGUGGACCCCCACAAGCCAAGCCAGGAGGUCUGGGAGGAGUUCUCCAUGAGCUUCACCCCCGCCGUGCGGGAGGUGGUCGACUUCGCCAAGAGGAUCCCGGGCUUCCGCGACCUCCCUGAGCACGACCAAGUCAGCCUGCUGAAAGCUGGAACUUUUGAGGUGCUGAUGGUCCGAUUCGCCUCUCUGUUCAACGUGGUCGAGCGGACGGUAACCUUCCUGAGCGGCAAACGCUACAGCCUCGACACGCUACGGUCGCUGGGCGCCGGCGAGCUGCUCAACUCCAUGUGCGAGUUCAGCGAGAAGCUGGCGGCGCUGCGUCUCGACGCCGACGAAAUGAGCCUCUUCACCGCCGUCGUGCUCGUCUCAGCCGAUCGCUCAGGGAUCCAGGACCUAAACUCAAUCGAGGCCCUGCAGGACAAACUGAUCCGGGCGCUGCGAAACCUGGUGAUGCAGAACCACGGCGAGGAGUCGGCCACCACCUUCACCAAGCUGCUGCUCAAGCUUCCCGAGCUGCGUUCACUCAACAACAUGCACUCAGAGGAACUGCUCUCCUUCAAAGUUCACCCUUGAAAGCUUCCUAAAAGAGGGUGGGAGGGUAACAUCCGUGCCCACCACCUUAUCCACACACCUCCACCUCCACCUCCACCAGGACCUGCCUCUUACUGUCCCCUCGCCCCCCCUCCGUAUUCGACCAACCCAAGUUGUGUGUUUUUGUUUCUAGAAUGUAUUAAAAGUUAUUUUUUAUUCUAUUUUUGUUAAGUAGACCACGUGGCGGUCUUGAAGAGAGAAGAAUUAUAAAACUGUACUGUAUUUAUAGAGGAGAUAGCUAACGCUUGUUGCACACAAACACACGCAAGUGCUCGUGUGUCAGAGGUUUCUUAGGUUGUUUUUUCUUGCAAAAUUGGAGGCACUUUUCUAUUCUGAGAGACAGAAGAGUUCUUAAACUGGCUUUAUGAAAUGAUCCAGAGUUUAAAAAAGAUAAAAACCAACCAAUUUGUCAGUCCAAAAGCCAUUUAAUUCCAAAGUGUAUUCUCUGCUGAGCAGGUGAAUGUGAGAGAUAAUGUAUACCUUACAUACCGCAUGUUUGUUUGGUCCAAUAUUGUGACUGAUACGUGUCAGCAAGCAAAGGCAAGCUAUCAGUAAAUGUGUUGAAGAAUGUGUGACGGUCGCUGCUAAUGCAUGGCUAUACUUAAUGCGAACAAUUAUUACUUGGAUCUUCUCCCCUUGCCUCAGAAAAGCAUCAGUAUCGUUUUCAGUGUGUAUAUGUAUAUGUAUAUAUAUACACAUGAGUGUCGUAUUCUUUUUAUUUAAUUUUUUUUCCAAGUCCAUGUCAACUGCCUGUACACUGCCUGGUGAUUUCUGGGGGAGUCGAUGACGCCAUUUUUCAGCAACACUACAUUUUGCACAUGUUCUGGAGCAGGAAAAAAAAAAAAAAACAAGUAACACAAAAGCCAGCGAUAGUGUGGCGCAGCAUCACGUAACGGCUACGUGUAAACGUGGUCACACACAAGGUGUUUUUGCUGUUUUCCCACUUUCUGGUUUUCUGAUGAUGUGUUUCUGUUUUUUUUAUUAUCAAACUUUGUGUGCUUUCAGCAUAGCACUGAAUCGACACUUGUUUUUAUCCAUUUUGUUGAAAUAUCUGUUUUCUUUGAGUGGCAACACUGCCAUAUGUAAAUAACUAUAUAAAUAUAUACAUAUAUAUAAAUAUCUGAUGAACAUAGAAUAUAAAUAUGAUAUAGUAUGAAUAAAUACAAGUGAAGAAUA